UUGCCCCCUGGCCCCGGAUGGUGACUGGCGGCGGCGCGGCACCUCCCGGGACUGUCAGGGCGCCGCUUCCCAGUGCGAUUGUGCGGAGCGCAGGCCGGAAGAUGGCGGCGGGCGCGGGCCCGGGCUGCGCGGCCGCGGGCGCCGAGUGGCUGGUGCUGCGGGACGGCUGCAUGCGCUGCGACGCCGACGGGCUGCACAGCCUGUCCUACCACCCGGCGCUCAACGCCAUCCUGGCCGUCACCAGCCGCGGGACCAUCAAAGUCAUCGACGGCACGUCGGGGGCCACGCUGCAGGCCUCGGCGCUCGGCGCUAAGCCGGGUGGACAGGUGAAAUGUCAGUAUAUUUCUGCCGUGGAUAAAGUUAUCUUCGUGGACGACUAUGCAGUGGGGUGCAGGAAAGACCUGAACGGGAUCUUGUUGUUAGAUACGGCGCUGCAGACUCCGGUCUCAAAGCAGGAUGAUGUGGUCCAGCUAGAGUUGCCUGUUACGGAGGCACAACAGCUUUUAUCCGCAUGCUUAGAAAAGAUUGAUAUUUCUAGUACAGAAGGGUAUGAUUUGUUCAUCACACAGCUCAAAGAUGGUUUGAAAAACACAUCUCACGAGACUGCAGCGAACCACAAAGUCGCCAAGUGGGCCACAGUGACAUUUCAUCUUCCUCACCACGUGCUCAAGUCCGUCGCCGGUGCCAUUGUGAACGAACUCAAGAAAAUCAACCAGAACGUUGCUGCCUUGCCUGUGGCGUCCUCAGUGAUGGACCGACUGUCCUACCUCCUGCCCAGCGCGCGGCCGGAGCUCGGGGUGGGGCCAGGCCGCUCCGUGGACAGAUCAUUGAUGUACAGUGAGGCUAACAGACGGGAGACAUUUACCUCAUGGCCUCAUGUAGGCUACAGAUGGGCCCAGCCAGACCCCAUGGCUCAAGCUGGAUUUUAUCAUCAGCCCGCGUCCUCGGGAGACGACCGGGCCAUGUGCUUCACGUGCAGCGUGUGUCUCGUGUGCUGGGAACCUACCGACGAGCCCUGGUCCGAGCACGAGCGACACUCCCCCAACUGCCCGUUCGUGAAGGGCGAGCACACGCAGAACGUGCCGCUGUCCGUCACCCUCGCCACCAGCCCCGCGCAGUUCCCCUGCACGGACGGGACGGACAGGAUAGCUUGUUUCGGGUCCGGGAGCUGCCCGCACUUCCUCGCUGCUGCAACCAAACGGGGGAAGAUCUGCAUUUGGGACGUCUCCAAGCUGAUGAAGGUGCACUUAAAGUUUGAGAUCAACGCGUAUGACCCGGCCAUCGUCCAGCAACUCAUCCUGGCCGGAGAACCGAGCUCGGCCGUUGAGUCCCGGAGACCGACCCUGGCGUGGCUGGAAGACUCUUCGAGUUGCUCAGAUAUUCCCAAAUUGGAAGGAGAUAGUGACGAUUUACUGGAAGAUUCGGAUAGUGAAGAGCAUUCCAGAUCAGAUUCUGUGACAGGCCACACCUCCCACAAGGAGGCCAUCGAGGUGAGCCUGGACGUCACGGCGCUCAGCGUCCUCCAGCAGCCCGAGAAGCUGCAGUGGGAGAUCGUCGCCAACGUGCUGGAGGACACCGUCAAGGACCUGGAGGAGCUGGGGGCCAACCCGGGCCUGGCGGGCAAGAGCGAGAAGCUGAAGGACAAGCACCCCGAGCAGCACAACAUCCCCUUCCCCUGCCUGCUGGCCGGGGCGCUGCUCACCUACAAGUCCCCCGCCGGCUCGCCGGCCAGCAGCCACUCGCACAGGUCCCUGGACGCCCUGGGCAGGACUCAGGGCGAGAGCGCGUCGGAGCCGGGCUCCACGGACAACGAGUCGUGCACCAACUCCGAGCUCGGCUCCCCGCUGGCCCGGAGGACGUUGCCGGUGCUGCUGCUGUACAGCAUCAAGGAGUCGGACGAGAAGGCGGGCAAGAUCUUCUCGCAGAUGAGCAGCGUGAUGGGCAAGGCGCUGCACGACGACGGCUUCACGGUCCCGCAGAUCAUCGAGAUGGAGCUGGACAGCCAGGAGCAGCUGCUGCUGCAGGACCCGCCCGUCACCUACAUCCAGCAGUUCGCCGACGCCGCCGCCACCAGCCUGGCGUCCCCGGACUCGGAGAAGUGGGGCUCGGUGUUCCCCAAGCCGGGCACGCUGGUGCAGUGCCUGCGGCUGCCCAAGUUCGCCGAGGACCAGAACCUGUGUGUGGACUCGGUGACCCCGUGCGCCGACGGGCUGCACCUGCUGGUGGGGCUGCGGACGUGCCCCGCCGAACCCUUGAGUGCAAUAAAUCAAGUCGAGGCCUUGAAUAAUCUAAACAAACUCAACUCUGCGCUAUGCAGUCGGCGGAAAGGGGAGCCGGAGCCGGGCCUGGCCGUGGUGAACGGCGCGGGGCUGGGCGUCCUCCCUCACGAGCCGCCGGCCGACGCGCAGGCCCCGCCGGCCCCGGAGCCCGAGCCGCGGCGGAGCGGGGGCUACCUGGUCCUGUACAAGAUGAACUACGCCACGCGCAUCGUGACGCUGGAGGAGGAGCCCGUCAAGAUCCAGCACAUCAAGGACCCCCAGGACAGCAUCACGUCGCUGCUGCUGCUCCCGCCCGACAUCCUGCAGGGCCGAGAGGACGACGGCGAGGAGCCGGCCGAGGACCCGCAGCUGCCCAGCAAGAGCGGCCCGGACAGGGACCGGAAGGCCGACACGGCCCCGCUCGGGCACCUGGUGGUCACCACUCAGGGAGGCUAUGUCAAGAUCCUCGACCUCUCGAGCUUCGAGAUUCUGGCCCGCGUGGAGCCCCCCAAGAAGGAGGGCUCCGAGGAGCAGGACUCGUUCGUCUCCGUCAUCUACUGCUCGGGCACAGACCGGCUGUGCGCGUGCACCAGAGGUGGCGAGCUUCAUUUUCUCCAAAUUGGAGGGACCUGUGACGAUAUUGACGAAGCCGACAUACUUGUGGACGGAUCGCUUUCCAAAGGACUGGGGCCGUCUCCAGAAGGUUCCAGGCCUUUGUCGAAUCCUUCAAGUCCUGGGAUUUCAGGAGUCGAUCUGUUGGUGGACCAGCCUUUCACCCUGGACAUCCUGACGUCUCUCGUGGAGCUGACCCGCUUCGAGACCCUCACCCCGCGCUUCUCGGCCACGGUGCCGCCGUGCUGGGUGGAGGUGCAGCAGGAGCAGCAGCAGCGGCGCCACCCUCAGCACCUGCACCAGCAGCACCACGGGGACGCGGCGCAGCACACGCGCACCUGGAAGCUGCAGGCCGACGGCAACAGCUGGGACGAGCAUGUGUUUGAGCUGGUUCUCCCCAAGGCCUGCAUGGUGGGACACGUGGACUUCAAAUUCGUGCUGAACUCCAACAUCACCAACAUCCCACAGAUCCAAGUGACGCUGCUGAAGAACAAAGCCCCGGGCUUAGGGAAAGUCAACGAAACAGCAGUAGAUAGGCAGAUCACCUUUCCUUUGUCUCCAGCUCUUAACAUUGAAGUGGAACAAAAUGGGAAACCGUCCCUGGUUGAUUUGAAGGAAGAAAUGCAGCGCAUGGAUGUAGAGGAAUCACCGUGCCUUCGGUUGUGCCCGUUCUUAGAGGACCAUAAAGAAGAUAUUCUCUGCGGGCCUGUGUGGCUCGCAAGUGGCCUUGAUCUGUCCGGGCACGCUGGGAUGCUGACGCUGACGAGCCCCAAGCUCGUGAAAGGUAUGGCAGGGGGAAAGUACCGCUCGUUUUUAAUCCACGUGAAGGCCGUGAACGAAAGAGGGACAGAUGAGAUCUGCAAUGGCGGGGUCCGCCCUGUGGUGCGACUUCCCGCCCUGAAAACCCAGAGCAACAAAGGCUAUUCCCUCGCCUCACUCCUGGCCAAAGUUGCAGCGGGCAAGGAAAAAUCAUCGAAUGUUAAGAAUGAAAAUGCAAGUGGCCCCCGUAAAGCUGAAAACCUUCGGGGCUGUGACUUACUGCAGGAGGUUUCAGUCACCAUUCGAAGAUUCAAGAAGACUUCGAUUUCUAAGGAGAGGGUCCAGCGAUGUGCCAUGUUGCAGUUUUCAGAAUUCCACGAGAAGCUUCUGAACACUCUGUGCAGAAAAGCCGCCGACGGCCAGAGCACCGAGCACGCGCAGAGCCUGGUGCUGGACGCGCUCUGCUGGCUGGCCGGCGUGCACGCCAACGGCCCCGGCAGUUCCAAGGAAGGAAAUGAGAGCUUGCUUUCCAAAACACGGAAGUGUCUCUCCGACAUUGUGCGCGUUUGCUUCUUCGAGGCAGGACGGAGCAUAGCCCACAAGUGUGCCCGCUUUCUGGCACUGUGCAUUAGUAAUGGCAAAUGUGACCCAUGUCAACCAGGAUUUGGAUCUGUUCUGUUGAAGGCCUUGCUUGAUAAUAUGUCAUUUUUACCCGCAGCAGCAACUGGCGGCUCCGUGUACUGGUACUUCGUCCUGCUGAACUACGUCAAGGAUGAGGACCUGGCGGGCUGCAGCACGGCCUGCGCGUCCCUGCUCACCGCCGUGUCUCGCCAGCUGCAGGACAGGCUGACGCCCAUGGAGGCGCUGCUGCAGACCAGGUACGGCUUGUACAGCUCCCCGUUCGACCCGGUGCUCUUUGACCUGGAGAUGAACGGCUCUUCCUGGAAGAACGUGGCCAACAACAGCGUCGGGGGCCAGUCGGACGAGAUCGACUUCUCCGACGUCCUCUCAGGGACUGGCAAGGGCAGCAGCUGCGCGGCCGCCGAGGGCAGCUUCACGUCGCUCACCGGCCUGCUCGAGGUGGAGCCACUGCACUUCACCUGUGUGUCAACUAGUGACGGGACCCGCAUAGAGAGGGAUGACGCAAGUACGUUCACGGUGAGCUCCUUCGGGGUCACUCCUGCAGUAGGUGGACUGUCAUCGGGGACGGUCGGGGAGGCCUCCACGGCCCUGACGUCAGCAGCCCAGGUAGCUUUGCAGUCUCUCUCUCAUGCAAUGGCUUCAGCCGAGCAACAGCUGCAGGUGCUGCAAGAGAAACAGCAGCAGCUUUUGAAGCUUCAGCAACAGAAAGCGAAGCUGGAAGCCAAGUUACACCAGACGACGGCGGCCGCGGCGGCUGCUCCGACGUCCAGCGUGCCCACCGUGGGGUCCGUCCACGCCUCUGUGCCUUCCCACCCUGGGGCAGCCCCGGGCUUCUUCAUUCACCCGUCAGAUGUGAUUCCACCCACUCCCAAAACAACGCCGCUGUUCAUGACCCCGCCGCUCACGCCCCCCAACGAGGCGGUGUCCGUGGUCAUCAACGCCGAGCUCGCCCAGCUCUUCCCCGGCUCCGUCAUCGACCCUCCGGCCGUCAGCCUCGCCGCCCAGAACAAGAAUUCCAACAAGUCCAGAAUGAAUCCACUUGGUUCUGGCCUCGCCCUCGCGAUUUCUCACGCUUCGCACUUCCUGCAGCCUCCGCCUCACCAGUCCAUCAUCAUCGAGCGGAUGCACUCAGGAGCGAGGAGGUUUGUGACCUUGGACUUUGGCAAACCAAUCCUGUUGACAGACGUUUUAAUUCCCACGUGUGGAGAUUUGGCUUCUUUGUCUAUUGACAUUUGGACAUUGGGAGAAGAGGUGGACGGGCGGCGUCUGGUGGUGGCCACGGACAUCAGCACGCACUCGCUGAUCCUGCACGACCUGAUCCCCCCACCUGUCUGCAGAUUCAUGAAAAUCACCGUCAUCGGACGCUACGGAAGCACCAACGCCAGAGCCAAAAUCCCACUAGGGUUCUACUACGGCCACACCUACAUCCUGCCGUGGGAGAGCGAGCUGAAGCUGAUGCACGACCCUCUGCGGGGCGACGGGGAGUCCGCGCACCAGCCCGAGAUCGACCAGCACCUGGCCAUGAUGGCGGCUCUGCAGGAGGACAUCCAGUGCCGGUACAACUUGGCCUGUCAUCGAUUGGAAACGCUGCUGCAGAGCAUCGAUCUGCCGCCCCUCAACAGUGCGAACAACGCCCAGUACUUCCUGCGCAAGCCGGACAAGGCGGUGGAGGAGGACAGCAGGGUCUUCUCCGCCUACCAGGACUGCAUUCAGCUCCAGCUGCAGCUCAACCUGGCCCACCACGCCGUGCAGCGGCUGCGCGUGGCCCUGGGCGCCAGCCGAAAGACGCUGUGUGAGGCCUCGGACCCCGAAGACGUGAUCCAGGCGUCGUCCACGGAGCAGCUCCGCACCGUGGUCAGAUACCUGCUGGACACCCUGCUCAGCCUCCUGCACUCCUCGAACGGACACUCUGUUCCUGCAGUUUUGCAGAGCACGUUUCACGCCCAGGCCUGCGAAGAGCUUUUUAAACACCUGUGCAUCAGCGGGACCCCGAAGAUCCGCUUGCACACCGGGCUCUUACUCGUUCAGCUCUGUGGUGGCGAGAGGUGGUGGGGGCAGUUCCUUUCCAAUGUUCUCCAGGAGUUGUACAAUUCCGAGCAGCUCCUCAUCUUCCCACAGGACAGGGUCUUUAUGUUACUUUCUUGCAUUGGUCAAAGAUCACUUAGUAACAGUGGAGUACUAGAAAGUUUACUGAAUCUCCUGGAUAAUCUAUUGUCUCCUCUUCAACCACAGUUACCCAUGCAUCGGAGGACAGAAGGUGUGCUGGACAUCCCCAUGAUCAGCUGGGUGGUCAUGCUGGUCUCCAGGCUGCUCGACUACGUGGCAACUGUUGAAGAUGAAGCAGCUGCUGCAAAGAAACCCUCGAGUGGUAAAGACAGGGAGAGGUUCGUGACAGGUAACCAGUGGAGUUUCAUCAACAACAGUCUGCACACUCAGAGCCUCAAUAGGGCCUCCAAGGGUGGCUAUACUAUCGAGCGCUUAUAUUCCAGAAAAAUCAGGAAGCAGCUAGUUCAUCACAAACAGCAACUUAACCUACUAAAAGCAAAACAGAAGGCUUUGGUGGAACAGAUGGAAAAAGAAAAAAUUCAGAGUAACAAAGGAUCAUCAUAUAAACUUCUAGUAGAGCAAGCCAAACUAAAGCAGGCUACUACAAAGCACUUUAAGGAUUUGAUUCGGUUGCGUCGGACAGCAGAGUGGUCUCGUUCCAACGUGGACACGGAAGUCCCAGCGACGAAGGAGAGCCCGGAGAUCGAGCCGCUCCCGUUCACCCUGGCCCACGAGCGGUGCAUCUCGGUAGUCCAGAAACUCGUCCUGUUUCUCCUCUCCAUGGACUUCACGUGUCACGCCGAUCUUCUGUUAUUUGUCUGCAAGGUCCUGGCGCGCAUCGCCAACGCCACCCGGCCGACCAUCCACCUGUGCGAGAUCGUGAACGAGCCCCAGCUGGAGCGGCUGCUCUUGCUGCUGGUCGGCACCGACUUCAACCGCGGAGACAUCUCGUGGGGGGGCGCCUGGGCGCAGUACUCGCUGACCUGCAUGCUGCAGGACAUCCUCUCCGGCGAGCUGCUGGCUCCCGUGGCCGCCGAGGCCAUGGAGGAGGGGACCGUGGGCGAUGACGCAGGCGCCACGGCGGGCGACUCGGACGACUCCCUGCAGCAGUCGGCCGCGCAGCUGCUGGAGACCAUCGACGAGCCCCUGACGCACGAGAUGACGGGCGCACCUCCUCUCGCCUCCUUGGAAAAGGAUAAAGAGAUUGAUCUGGAGCUGCUUCAGGAUCUCAUGGAAGUCGACAUUGACCCUCUAGAUAUUGAUUUGGAGAAAGACCCUCUUGCAGCUAAAGUGUUCAAGCCCAUCAGCAGCACGUGGUACGACUACUGGGGCGCCGACUACAGCACGUACAACUACAACCCCUACGUCUGUGGCAUCGGCGUCCAGGUGGUCAAGCCGGCAGCCAGCACGGAGAAGAACGGUUCUCAGACCGUCAGCGUGUCCGUCUCCCAGGCCCUAGAUGCUCGCCUGGAAGUGGGACUCGAGCAGCAGGCGGAGCUCAUGCUGAAGAUGAUGUCCACGCUGGAGGCGGACUCCGUGCUGCAGGCCCUGACCAACACGUCGCCUGCAUUCUCACAAUCUCCCACUGGAACAGAUGACUCACUUCUCGGUGGGUUACAGGCAGCGAACCAGUCCAGCCAGCUCAUCAUACAGUUAUCGUCUGUCCCCAUGUUGAAUGUUUGCUUCAACAAACUCUUUUCUAUGCUUCAAGUCCAUCAUGUUCAGUUGGAAUCCCUGCUGCAGCUGUGGCUCAGCCUCAGCCUGAAUUCCAGCUCGGCUGGCAGCAGAGAGAGCGGCCCGGACAUCCUCCUGUACAACGCCAGCCGCGUCCCUGUCAUCUCCCUGAACCAAGCGUCGGUGACCACCUUCCUGACGGUGCUCGCCUGGUACCCCAGCAGCCUGCUCCGCACCUGGUGCCUCGUGUUGCACAGCCUGACGCUCAUGACGAACAUGCAGCUCAACUCUGGUUCGAGCAGCGCCAUCGGGGCCCAGGAGAGCACCGCCCACCUGCUGGUCUCGGACCCGAAUCUCAUCCACGUGCUGGUGAAGUUUCUGUCUGGCACGAGUCCGCACGGGACAAACCAGCAUAGUCCUCAGGUUGGUCCAACAGCCACACAAGCUAUGCAGGAAUUCCUCACCCGACUGCAAGUGCAUCUUUCUUCCACGUGUCCUCAGAUAUUCAGUGAAUUUCUGCUCAAGCUCGUGCAUAUCCUGUCCACAGAAAGGGGCGCCUUCCAGACCGGGCAGGGGCCGCUGGAUGCCCAGAUCAAGCUGCUGGAAUUCACGCUGGAGCAGAACUUCGAGGCCGUGUCGGUGAGCACCAUCUCGGCCGUCAUCGAGUCCGUCACCUUCCUGGUACACCACUACAUCACCUGCUCGGACAAGGUCACGUCCCGCAGCGGCUCGGACAGCUCCGUGGGCGCCCGCGCCUGCUUCGGGGGCCUCUUCGCCAACCUCAUCCGCCCGGGGGACGCCAAGGCGGUGUGUGGGGAGAUGACCCGAGACCAGCUCAUGUUCGACCUGCUGAAGCUUGUCAACAUCCUGGUCCAGCUGCCCCUGUCGGGCAACCGGGAGCACAGCGCCAGGGUGUCCGUCUCCGCCAGCACCACGGACAGCGUUUCGGACGAGGAGAAAGUCUCGGGGGGCAAAGACGGCAAUGGCGGCGGCGGCAGCGUGCAGGGCGCGGCCGCCUACGUGGCUGACCUGGUGCUCGCCAACCAGCAGAUCAUGAGCCAGAUCCUGUCUGCGCUGGGCCUGUGUAACAGCAGCGCCAUGGCCAUGAUCAUCGGGGCGAGCGGACUGCAUCUCACCAAGCACGAGAACUUCCACGGCGGGCUGGACGCCAUCUCCGUGGGGGACGGCCUGUUCACCAUCCUCACGACCCUCAGCAAGAAGGCGUCGACCGUCCACGUGAUGCUGCAGCCCAUCCUCACCUACAUGGCCUGUGGCUACAUGGGCAGACAGGGCUCUCUGGCUACCUGCCAGCUGUCGGAACCGUUGCUGUGGUUUAUACUGAGAGUGUUGGAUACCAGCGACGCCCUGAAAGCAUUCCACGAUAUGGGCGGCGUCCAGCUCAUCUGCAACAACAUGGUCACUAGCACGAGAGCCAUCGUGAACACUGCGAGAAGCAUGGUCUCGACCAUCAUGAAAUUCCUGGACUCUGGGCCCAAUAAAGCGGCUGACAGCACGCUGAAAACAAGGAUGCUGCCCUCGGAGCCAGACAAUGCAGAAGGGAUUCAUAACUUCGCCCCCCUCGGCACCAUCACGUCCAGCAGCCCCACGGCCCAGCCGGCCGAGGUGCUCCUGCAGGCGACCCCGCCCCACCGGCGCGCGCGCUCCGCCGCCUGGUCCUACAUCUUCCUGCCCGAGGAGGCCUGGUGCGACCUGACCAUCCACCUGCCGGCCGCCGUGCUGCUGAAGGAGAUCCACAUCCAGCCGCACCUGGCGUCCCUGGCGACCUGUCCUUCCUCCGUGUCCGUGGAAGUCAGCGCUGACGGCGUGAACAUGCUGCCCCUGUCCACGCCUGUCGUCACAAGCGGCCUGACCUACAUAAAGAUCCAGCUGGUCAGAGCCGAAGUGGCUUCCGCCGUCUGCCUGCGGCUGCACCGGCCGCGUGAUGCCGGCACCCUGGGCCUGUCACAGAUCAAGUUACUGGGCCUCACGGCCUUCGGGACCACGUCUUCAGCAACCGUCAACAACCCGUUUCUCCCGUCUGAAGACCAGGUAUCUAAAACCAGCAUCGGGUGGCUGCGGCUGCUGCACCACUGCCUCACGCACAUCAGCGAGCUGGAGGGGCUGAUGGCCAGCGCGGCCGCGCCCACGGCCAACCUGCUGCAGACGUGCGCCGCCCUGCUCAUGUCGCCCUACUGCGGCAUGCACUCGCCCAACAUCGAGGUGGUGCUCGUCAAGAUCGGCCUGCAGUCCACGCGCAUCGGCCUCAGGCUCAUCGACAUCCUGCUUCGGAACUGCGCCGCCUCCGGCAGCGACCCCACAGACCUGAACAGCCCUUUGCUCUUUGGAAGACUGAACGGGCUCUCCUCGGACUCCACCAUCGACAUUCUCUACCAGCUCGGAACCACGCAGGACCCUGGCACCAAAGACAGAAUCCAGGCCCUGCUCAAGUGGGUGAGUGACUCGGCGCGCGUGGCCGCCCUCAAGCGCAGCGGCCGGCUGAGCUGCACGAGCCCCAGCGCGUCGCCCGUGGAGUACGGGCUGCUCAUGCCGUCCCCGUCGCACCUGCACUGCGUGGCCGCCAUCCUCUGGCAGAGCUACGAGCUGCUGGUGGAGUACGACCUGCCCGCGCUGCUGGACCGGGAGCUCUUCGAGUUGCUCUUCAACUGGUCCAUGUCGCUGCCCUGCAACAUGGUGCUGAAGAAGGCGGUGGACAGCCUGCUGUGCUCCAUGUGCCACAUCCACCCCGCCUACUUCUCCCUGCUCAUGGGCUGGAUGGGCAUCACCCCGCCGCCCGUGCCCUGCCACCACCGCCUCUCCAUGACCGACGACAGCAAGAAGCAGGACCUGGGCGCCUCGCUGACCGACGACUCCAAGAACGCCCAGGCCCCGCUGGCCCUGACCGAGUCGCACCUGGCCACGCUGGCGUCCUCGUCGCAGUCGCCCGAGGCCGUCGAGCAGCUGCUGGACUCGGGGCUGCCGUCCCUGCUGGUGCGCAGCCUGGCCGCCUUCUGCUUCAGCCACGUCUCCGCCGCCGACGGCGCGGCCCCCUCGCCGGACGCGGCCCAGGACAAGCUGCGGCGGCACCACGUGCCCCCGUGCCCCAGGAUGCCCGUCACCGCCGACCUGGUGGCCCCCGUGCUGCGCUUCCUGACGGAGGUGGGCAACAGCCACAUCAUGAAGGACUGGCUCGGGGGCUCCGAGGUGAACCCGCUCUGGACGGCGCUGCUCUUCCUGCUCUGCCACUCGGGCUCCACAGCCGGGGGCGCCGCCAGCCUCGGCCCCCCGCAGGCCAGUGCCCGGCCGGCAUCUCUCCCGGCCAGCGCGGCCACGGGGCUGACCACGCAGCAGAGGACGGCCAUCGAGAACGCAGCCGUGGCCUUCUUCCUGCAGUGCAUCUCGUGCCACCCCAACAACCAGAAGCUGAUGGCCCAGGUGCUCUGUGAGCUGUUCCAGACAUCUCCCCAGAGGGGGAACCUGCCCACGUCAGGGAACAUCUCUGGGUUUGUCCGGAGACUGUUCCUGCAGCUGAUGCUGGAGGAUGAGAAAGUGACCAUGUUCCUUCAGUCCCCCUGCCCGCUGUACAAGGGCAGAAUCAACGCGACCAGCCACGUCAUCCAGCACCCAAUGUACGGGGCAGGUCACAAGUUCCGGACGCUCCACCUGCCCGUCUCCACGACGCUGUCAGAAGUUCUGGACAGAGUGUCAGAUACCCCAAGUAUCACUGCUAAGCUGAUUAGCGAGCAAAAAGAUGACAAAGAAAAGAAAAACCAUGAAGAGAAGGAAAAAGUGAAGGCAGAAAACGGAUUGCAGGAGAACUACAGUGUUGUCGUUGCUUCUGGCCUGAAGUCUCAGUCCAAACGGGCCGUGUCAGGUACGCCCCCAAGGCCCCCGUCCCGGAGGGGGAGGACCGUGCCCGACAAAGUGGGGAGCACUUCUUCGGGAGCAGAUGCGGCCGGCAAGGUGAUCACGGUCCCCGUGUUCCACCUGUUCCACAAACUCCUGGCAGGCCAGCCGUUGCCAGCUGAAAUGACACUCGCCCAACUUUUAACAAUCCUGUAUGACCGAAAACUUCCUCAAGGGUACCGCUCGGUAGAUCUGACUGUGAAACUGGGAUCGAGAGUUAUCACAGACCCAAGCCUGUCGAAAACAGAUUCGUUUAAACGACUACACCCUGAGAAAGAUCACGGAGACCCGCUCGGCAGCUGCCCCGAGGACGAGGCCCUGUCUCCGGGCGAGGACUGCAUGGACGGGGCCCUGGACGAGUCCCUGCUGGAGACCUGCCCCAUCCCGUCCCCGCUGCAGGUCUUCGCGGGCAUGGGCGGCCUGGCCCUCAUCGCCGAGCGGCUGCCCAUGCUGUACCCGGAGGUGAUCCAGCAGGUGAGCGCUCCGGUGGUGCCGUCCGCCGCCCAGGAGAAGCCGAAGGACAGCGACCAGUUUGAGUGGGUGACCAUCGAGCAGUCGGGGGAGCUGGUCUACGAGGCCCCGGAGACUAUCGCGGCCGAGCCGCCCCCGCUGAAGUCGGCCGUGCAGACGAUGUCGCCCAUCCCGGCGCACUCCCUGGCCGCCUUCGGCCUGUUCCUGCGCCUGCCCGGCUACGCCGAGGUGCUGCUCAAGGAGCGGAAACACGCCCAGUGCCUGCUGCGCCUGGUGCUGGGCGUGACGGACGAUGGGGAAGGAAGCCAUAUUCUGCAGUCCCCGUCGGCCAACGUGCUCCCCACGCUGCCCUUCCACGUGCUGCGGAGCCUGCUGAGCUGCACGCCCCUGACCACGGACGACGGCGUGCUGCUGCGCCGCAUGGCGCUGGAGAUCGGGGCGCUGCACCUCAUCCUCGUGUGCCUCUCGGCGCUCAGCCACCACGCGCCCCGCGUGCCCAGCUCCAGCCUCAACCAGGCCGAGCCCCAGGUGUGCAGCUCGCCCAGCCCCGCGCCCACCGAGGAGCAGCAGCUGUACUGGGCCAAGGGCACGGGCUUCGGCACGGGCUCCACGGCGUCGGGCUGGGACGUGGAGCAGGCCCUGACCAAGCAGCGGCUGGAGGAGGAGCACGUCACGUGCCUCCUGCAGGUCCUGGCGAGCUACAUCAACCCUGUGAGCGGGACCGUGAGUGGGGAGGCCCAGGCCUCCCCGGAGAGCGGAGGCCAGAACAGCAGUGCUCUCCCGCCCGUGCUCCUCGAGCUGCUCAGCCAGUCCUGCCUCAUCCCCGCCAUGUCCUCCUACCUGCGCAACGACUCAGUGCUCGACAUGGCCAGGCACGUGCCCCUGUACCGCGCCGUGCUGGAGCUUCUGCGGGCCAUCGCGUCCUGCGCGUCCAUGGUCCCCCUGCUGCUGCCCCUGUCCACGGAGAGCGGCGAGGAGGACGAGGAGCAGGCCGAGGGCCAGGCCUCCGUGGGCACGCUGCUGGCCAAGAUGAAGACCUGCGUGGACACCUACACCAACCGCUUACGAUCCAAAAGGGAAAAUGUGAAAACAGGCGUGAAACCUGACGCGGCCGACCCGGAGCCAGAAGGCCUCACGCUCCUGGUGCCCGACAUCCAGAGGACGGCGGAGAUCGUGUGCUCGGCCACCACCAGCCUGCGGCAGGCCAGCCAAGAAAAAAAACUAGGUGAAUUCUCAAAGAAGGUGGCUAUGAAACCCAAACCUUUAUCAGUAUUGAAAUCACUUGAAGAAAAAUACGUGGCUGUUAUGAAGAAGUUGCAGUUCGAUACAUUUGAGAUGGUUUCUGAAGAUGCGGAUGGCAAGUUGGGUUUUAAAGUGAAUUACCACUACAUGUCUCAGGUGAAAAACGCAAACGACGCCAACAGCGCCGCCAGGGCCCGGCGCCUGGCCCAGGAAGCUGUGACCCUGUCCACCUCGCUGCCCCUCUCGUCCUCGUCCAGCGUGUUCGUGCGCUGCGACGAGGAGCGCCUCGACAUCAUGAAGGUUCUGAUCACCGGCCCAGCCGACACCCCGUACGCAAACGGCUGCUUUGAGUUCGACGUGUAUUUCCCUCAAGAUUACCCCAGCUCGCCGCCCCUCGUGAACCUCGAGACCACGGGCGGCCACAGCGUGCGCUUCAACCCCAACCUCUACAACGACGGCAAGGUCUGCUUAAGCAUCCUGAACACGUGGCACGGGCGGCCCGAGGAGAAGUGGAACCCGCAGACCUCGAGCUUUUUGCAAGUGCUGGUGUCCGUCCAGUCCCUCAUCCUCGUCGCGGAGCCUUACUUCAACGAGCCGGGCUACGAGCGCUCCCGGGGCACGCCCAGCGGCACCCAGAGCUCCCGGGAGUACGACGGCAACAUCCGGCAGGCAACGGUUAAGUGGGCGAUGCUGGAGCAGAUCCGGAACCCGUCCCCCUGCUUUAAAGAGGUCAUACACAGACACUUUUACUUGAAGCGCGUGGAGAUCAUGGCCCAGUGCGAGGAGUGGAUCGCGGACAUCCAGCAGUACAGCAGCGACAAGCGGGUGGGCCGGACCAUGUCACACCACGCGGCCGCGCUAAAGCGCCACACGGCCCAGCUGCGCGAGGAGCUGCUCAAGCUGCCCUGUCCCGACGGCCUGGACCCCGACGCCGCCGCCGACGCCGCGGAGCUGUGCAGUGCCACGGCGGGGCCCGAGGAGACGCCGCUGCCCGAGCAGGGCAGGGCCAGCGGCAGCAAAGACCUCCCCGGCGACUUCCAGCUCUGAGCGCGUGGACACGGACCUCGUGGGCGCGACGGCUCCGAAGCACAAGCCAAAUAUGUCACUGUUUGUAUGUAAGAACCCGAUGAUGCGUGCUGAGGUGAUGAGGUGGCACCGGCCCGAGCCUUGCAGGAGACCCCGUGGAUUCGCAGUGAUCUGUCAGUUACUGUACAAGGGUGGAAACUUUUUUGUGCUUUUUUUUUUUUCCCAAUUGUGAGAACCACUGAUUGGUAUGUUCAACAAAUUUGUGUAUACAAAGAAGCGGAUAAAUCACUGACCUAUAAGGGAAGCUACCUUAGGAAAGAAUGUUUACUGAAUGUUUAUUAUUAUUUUUUUUUUUUUUACUGUAGAGUGAGGGGUUGUUAACAAAGAAUAUAUAUUGGUCAUUCUUACAACUGCUAUUUAAAGUCGGCAACUUUUCACGGAAUUGGAUCCGUUUGUUUGGCCAUACCUUCAUGCUCCUGUUUGAUUUCUAAAGACCUCUUACAUACACUUCAAUAAAAGUUCAAUGGACAUACUCCCUGUUUUUUGAUUUACUGAUACAUUUUUUUAAAUGGUGAAUCUGCCAUAAGAUGCAUUAUAGAUGGAAAACUUGCACUUGUAUGGAUGAAUUUAUUACAUUCAACGUAUUUAAUUUUAUGCCUUCUAAUUCUAAGAUGCAGAAAAAAAAUAAAUGAACAUGAUUUUAUUCUAUGCCAACA